AUGGCGGCUGUGCUACUGCUAACCGGAGAAUUCUGUCUGAAAAAGAAGUUUAUCCUUAGUUUGUUCGCAGUAUUUGGAUUCCUCGUGCGCGGUGCAUCUGAUGAUGUCAGCGCAGUCUCCGUGUCAGCGAUGGAGGGAGAUUCAGUCACUCUACACACUGAUGUUAAAAUAAACCAACGGGAACGAGUUAGAUGGUAUUUUAAUGACACUCGCAUCGCUCAAAUCAAUGGAGAUCUCCGUCAUAUCUGUACAGAUGUUCAGUGUGAAGGCGGUACUGAGAGAUUCAGAGACAGACUGAAGCUGGACAAUCAGACUGGAUCUCUGACCAUCACAAACCUCACAAACACAGACUCUGGACUUUAUAAACUAGUGGUAAUCAGCAGCAGACCCACUGGAAAGGAUUUUGAUGUUGUUGUCUAUGAUGAUGCUGCUGCCGGUGUGAAGAGAAAGUCAGUGGCAGAGGGAGAAUCUGUCACUUUAGAUUCUGGAGAAAUAAGAAAGUCUAAUAGGUCAGUGAUGUGGUAUUUUAAUGACAUUCUCAUCGCUGAUAUCACUGGAGAUCAGAGUAAGAUCUGUACAGAUGAUCAGUGUGAUGAGAGAUUCAGAGACAGACUGAAGCUGGAUCAUCAGACUGGAUCUCUGACCAUCACAAACACGAGAACCACAGACUCUGGACUUUAUCAUCUACAGAUCAGCAUCAGCAGAAACCGCUACAGUACCACCAGCAUUAAGAGCUUCACUGUGUCUGUUACUGAUUCAGGUCCAUCUUCAGCUGCUGUAACAGGAAUAUUUGCUGCUGUUUUUGUUCUGGUGGUAAUUGCAGCUUUUGGUGUGAUUAACUAUUGCAAUAAGAGGAAAGAAAAUUAUUGUUGUGCCUUUGGAUAUCAGAAUCGUAAUACAAAUCAUUUUUACACAGACGUUUAA